CUGCCGCGCCCGCCGGGGUGAAGCCGGGACUCGGAGCGGCCGCGUCGCGGCGAAGCAGAGAGGAGCGGAGUGGGGCCCGGGGCAUCGGCCGCCAAAGCAUCCUCGCCAGCGGGACGCGGAGGGAGGCAGAAAGCAGCGCGGCGCUUUCCUGCCGCAGCCCCACCGGCUCGGCGCAGUGAGAGGCGGUGGCACCGCGGCGGCGGGGAAGACCCCUCCGGGGCAGGGGGCGGCGGGGUCAUGGCGCUGCGAGCGCGGGCGCUCUACGACUUCAGGUCGGAGAACCCGGGGGAAAUCUCGCUGCGGGAGCACGAGGUGCUGAGCCUAUGCAGCGAGCAGGACAUCGAGGGCUGGCUGGAGGGCGUCAACAGCCGCGGCGACCGCGGCCUCUUCCCGGCCUCCUAUGUGCAGGUGAUCCGCGCCCCCGCCGCCGAGCCGCUACCGCCUGCCCGGUACGCCAACGUUCCGGCCGGCGGCUUCGAGCCGCUGCCGCCCCCCACUGCCUUCAAGCCGGCGGCACAACAGCCCCCGCCGGCGGCGGCGCCCGAGCCCUUCCCGCUGCCCUCCGCGGCAGCCGGGUACCCCUUCCCGCCGGCACCCUACGGCGGCGGCUACCAGCCUAGCCAAGGCAGCGAUGACGACUGGGACGACGACUGGGACGACAGCUCCACCGUGGCCGACGAGCCGGGCGCCCUGAGCAGUUCCUACCCUGACUACGAGACAGCGGGUGGCGGGGCCUCCAGCCGCUACCGCCUGUCCACCCUCUCCGAGCUGUCCCUGGGCUCACGCGGCGGGGGCCACUCCACCAGCCACCCGCACCCACCCGGAGGCAGUGGCCCCAAGAGCUCGGCCACUGUGAGCCGCAACCUCAACCGCUUCUCCACCUUCGUCAAGUCUGGUGGGGAGGCCUUUGUGCUGGGAGAGGCGUCGGGCUUCGUCAAGGAUGGGGAUAAGCUGUGCGUGGUGCUGGGCCCUCGGGGCCCUGAGUGGCAAGAGAACCCCUACCCUUUCCAGUGCUCCAUCGAGGACCCCACCAAGCAGACCAAGUUCAAGGGCAUGAAGAGCUACAUUGCCUACAAGCUGGUGCCCAGCCACACUGGCCAGCAGGUGCACCGCCGCUACAAACACUUUGACUGGCUCUAUGGGCGCCUGGCUGAGAAGUUCCCUGUCAUUUCUGUGCCUCACUUGCCAGAGAAGCAGGCCACCGGCCGCUUUGAGGAGGACUUCAUCUCCAAACGUCGCAAAGGCCUGGCCUGGUGGAUGGACCACAUGUGCAGCCACCCUGUGCUGGCUCAGUGCGAUGCCUUCCAGCACUUCCUCACCUGUCCCAGCACGGAUGAGAAGGCCUGGAAACAAGGCAAGCGCAAAGCUGAGAAGGAUGAGAUGGUGGGGGCCAACUUUUUCCUGACUAUCAGCGUCCCCACGGGCCCAGGGGCCAGCCUGGACUUGCAGGAGGUGGAAAGCCAGGUGGAUGGCUUCAAAGCCUUCACAAAGAAGAUGGAUGAGAGUGCCCUGCAGCUAAAUCACACAGCCAAUGAGUUUGCCCGCAAACAGGUCACUGGUUUCAAGAAGGAAUAUCAGAAGGUGGGGCACUCCUUUAAGUGCCUCAGUCAAGCAUUUGAGCUGGACCAGCAGGCCUUUUCGGCAAGCCUCAACCAAGCCAUAGCCUUCACUGCAGAAGCCUACGAAGCCAUCGGGGACCUCUUUGCAGAUCAGCCCCGGCAGGACCUAGAUCCUGUGAUGGAUUUGUUAGCACUAUAUCAGGGGCAUUUGGCCAACUUUCCAGACAUUAUCCACGUCCAGAAAGGAGCCCUUACCAAAGUAAAGGAGAGUAAGCGACAUGUGGAAGAGGGGAAGAUGGAGCUCCAAAAAGCUGAAGGCAUUCAAGAACGCUGUAACAUUAUUUCUUUCGCGACCCUAGCAGAAAUUAAUCAUUUCCACAAAAUUCGUGUGAGGGACUUUAAAUCACAGAUGCAGCAUUUCUUGCAACAGCAAAUACUCUUUUUUCAAAAAGUGACGCAAAAGCUAGAAGAGGCUCUUCACAAGUAUGACAGCGUUUAAUCUCUCAGCUUUGAUUUGUGGACUUCCCUCAGCAUGAACAUGACCUGGGGGGCAGAGCAAAUGCUACUGCUGAAGAAUUGUUGCCAGUGGUAGAAGGGUGGUACAAGGAGGAUUUUGUGUUCACCUGGAACCUUGGUGUAAUCUCCGAUUAUGUAGAAGGGAAACAGUUAUAGGGCUAUGUAGUAGAAACAGUACCACACGUUGUGACUAAGUUAUACUGUGUAUGCCUACCACUACCAUUGUAACUUUUUUGAAAUAAUGAGUAUACUAUUUGCCUUAUUGCUUUUUGAAAGACGGUAUUUUAGUGCAUACUUCGUAGACCUCAAAACCCUUUGGGUCUUUAAGGAAGCUGGCUAGAUAAAAGCCUGCUUCAGAUGCCUUUUUACUUUCCUAGAUUUGGAUUUCCUAAAUUCAAACAGUUCUCUGUUUACAGACUCCUACUAGAGCAGCUAUGUGAUUCUGUGCCUUUAGAAUCUAUUUUUCCUUUUCUAGUAAGUCACAUUUUUAUGAUUGAAUGAAUGAAGGGUUGAUACGUAUGACAGGAAAUUAUAAUGAAACCUCAAAUUAACUGGAAAAAAAUCAGCUGCCAUCCAGUUUGCACAGCAAGUAUUGUCUUACAACAAAUGUUGGCUCAAAAAGGAGUGUGUGAAUCUAUUCACACUUUCCCUGAAAAUGGAGACUACUUGUUACAUGUACUAAGGUGUUAAGCACAUAUACAAAAAUACACCACUUAAUUCCCUUUCUGAAAUAAAUAAUACAGUGAGGGGUUGUUUGGGGUUUUUUUUAGUAUACAGCAUUACUGUGAGUGGAAAUUUGAAGAGCUAGACUAAUAAAAAUUAUGUAUAUCAAGGGGAUAUGAUUGCAACCUAUGUGGCUGCAACACUGUUUUUUUGUUGUUGUUUGAAAUAUUACGCUCAUUGUUUAGUUGCCCAUUCAGUUUAACUUCAGGCUUGCAUCUACAUUGCCAGUUUUCUGCAUUGGAGCUCCACUGUGAUUCAUUAAUUUACCAAGUUACAAAUUUUUGGGGAUGUUCAGUGACGUAAAUGAUCUGAAGUAAGUCUUGGCUGAGCUGACUUGGAAAACAAGUGGAAUUUUUAUGUUUGUAACACUCGAAUUAACAAUUGUCUUAUUUUUUGUAUAAAUAUUUUUGACAAGCAGGGUGCGUUUAUAUAUAUGUAAACACUAUCAUUUGAAGAGUUUUCUGGCUUAUUUCCCUUGAAUUAAGUCUGAAGUCUAUGUUUCUUACCUAUUGGUUUCUUUCUUAUAGGUCAGUAUGAAAGACGACUUUUCUUUAUCCUGUCUUUUUUCUCCUAAACAAAAGUAACGAAACCUUUCUAGGAAGCAAAAUGUUUACUUUUUUUGUUUUUAAUUAAAUUAAUCAAAGGUAGCUUAAACAAAUGGAAGCAUGGAAAAGGAAGUCAAGCAACAGUGACAUUUAAGUACAAAUCAUUCCUUACCUAUGCAGCAGAAAUGUGCGGUUCCUUUGCUUGAUCAUAUGCAUUUCUGAAGCUUAACUCCAUACCUUUGUUUUAGAGAAAUAAAUGCAAGAAUUCAGUUUCAGUCCUAAGAUUCAUCUCCAAAUCUUUGGAGGUUGCUGUUUUGCGCAAGUGCUGUUUGGCAGUGCUUCUAAUAUAUACUCAAAGAAGUAAAUUACAGAAUAAUGAAGGGGAAGAAAACAGUAUUUAGGAAAGAAAGGACAAUCAAUCAGUGAGGGAAGACUUCAUUCCAGGAUGUUAAAAGAGUGCUGCAAACCACGAGGUUGACCAUAGAGUAGAGGACCAUAGUCAUAGGGCUGACUUGUUUUUUAUCUUCCUCAUGAUGUCUUGUUCCAGAUUCAAAACUUAUGCACCUCUUCCCAGCAGUACUUCAGCUUCUCCAGCUUCCCAUAUGUCAUUUAAUUAUGUGAGAUAGUGGUGAGAUAUUGAUAGGUUUGAGCUGAGUUCCAUGGCUGACAUUUGCUUAAACCAGAUACUAUUGUACUAAAUGUCUUUGCAGUAAUUGGAUCAGGCUACAAUGAAAUUAAUUCUUUGUGGACAUAUUAAGACCUGUUCAGAAGUUGAUCUUAGUCCAGUUGAAGUAUUCUAGAAGAUUAGUAUUAAUGACAUGUAUAUGUCCAGGAGGAAAUUAAGCUAUGGUGUGUAUACAGACAAUGUUACCAGACAGGUACAGUUUUCCCAAAUAAACUGUCAUAAACAUU